AUGAAUAACAAGGUUGCACCCGAGGAUCUGACUAUCGAAUUGGAAACAGCCAAGACGGCUCUACUUACCGCGGAGACUGAGAAAGUAUCGCUUGACACUGCAAAAUCGUCCGGUCAUGUGACGAUGAGACGUCUCAGUCUAGUCCUGUUAGCGGUACAAAAUGUAGUUCAUAUUCUACUUGUACGCUAUGUGCGCACACUGCCAGGUCCACGAUUUAUCAAGUCAACUUUCGUGUUCGUUACAGAAAUUCAAAGGACUAUAUUCAGUAUUUUACUAGUUUGGCACGAAGAACGUAGUAUUAUUGCCGGUACAAAAAAGAUUUAUAAUCAGAUCCUUGGAAAUCCGCGUGAUACACUGAUGGUUAGUAUUCCAGCAUUUAUCUAUACAAUACAGAACAAUCUCAUCAUCAUCGCUGUGUCAAACCUUGAUGCACCGACUUAUAUGGUUACCAAUCAAUUGAAAAUUUUCACGACGGCUAUGUUUACGGUCACCAUGUUGAAUCGUCGACUAGGUCUUAUUCAAUGGUUGUCGUUGGUUUCUCUCUUCUGUGGUAUCUGCCUUGUACAAGUUGACAGUAUAACUUCGAAAGAGCCGAAAAAGGAUGUGAAUGCUGUCGUCGGACUUCUGGCAAUGGUCUGUUCUAGUAUUUCCAGUGGCUUUGCAGGUGUGUUUAUAGAGAAACUUUUGAAGAAUUCUGAUGUAUCAGUAUGGAUUCGAAAUAUUCAAUUGGGCAUGUUCAGCGUGAUCGGUAGCCUGUCGGUGAUGUUUAUAAUAGACGGAAAAGAAGUGCAAGAGAAAGGCAUUUUGUACGGUUACUCUGAGAUGGUAUGGAUGUCCACGAUUGGUCAUUCCCUAGGUGGAUUAAUCGUCGCAUUAGUUAUUAAAUACGCCGACAAUAUUUUGAAAGGUUUCGCAUCAGCAUCAGCCAUUAUUCUUGCGUGCAUUAUUAGCGUGGCGCUGUUUGAUUUUCAACUGACUGUUCCAAUGGUGUUUGGCUCCCUAUUGGUCAUCGUAUCUAUUUUGGCUUAUUCGAAUGUGUGCGUAUUCGUUGACACGUCAGCGAUUGAUUUUACCAUGAUGGACAAUAAACAUGCGGUGGUACAGUUAUUGCUACCUACGAUGGUGGGAUUAAUGAUCGGUAUGACGAUAAUGUAUCAUGCUUUACAUCAGUCGAAGAUGGCGCCGUUGAUUGCGUCGAAGUUACUUGAGGAGCGUUAUUAUCCAGAGAACAAGGCACUUCCUCUAGCGCCAGUUCCCUCAGAAUUCAAUGUGACCAGCAAAAAACGCAUCUGUUUGGUGAACAUCGAUACGCGACCAUUGCAACGAUUCUCCGCAGUAGAAGGUGGAUAUAGGGAUAUGACUUUUUCUUCGCUUUCCACGUACAGCAAUCUUCUCUACGCACGUCUUCAUGGUUACGAUUAUCAACGUAUCGUUGUUCCUCCAUUUCAAAACCGAUACCAUACAUGGUCAAAAGUGUAUCACUUGUACGAUAUGGUUCAAUCUAUGGCCGAAUCGCACGACAUUAUCCUAUUUCUCGAUGCAGAUGCUUACGUGGCCGAUAUUCGCAUGCCUCUCGAACGAUUAUUGACAAAGUGGAAAUUUGAUGAGAAGGCUCAAUUGCUCUUAUCUCUCGAUGUUUCUAGUCCGUAUGCGAAAGAUACACAUGGUCGUACGGUACUCAAUACUGGCGUGAUAUUCCUUCGACCAGGCAGUCCAAAAGUCAUCUCAUUACUGCGCAACUUAUCCCAAUGUCUAGAGCGCACACCUGGCUGUGAACAAUGGCGACACAAAUGGGGUCACGAACAAUCUGCUUUCAGCGAAUACUUCCGAGAUGCAUUCAUUCCUGAUGUCGAAUUGUUAUCAAUGCCGUGCAACGAAGGUCUUGGCUACAGUGAAGAUCCAUACAAUUGUCAUGGUAUUUACAUUUCACAUGUUACUAUGGACAAAGAAUCACUCCGUGAACGGUACAAGCAACGACUCAUCUAUGGCACUUUGUUAUCACUUGAACGCGAACUCUUUCGGUCGCAUGUUGCGUAUCCAUCAACGAAUGACAUUGAUUUGCUCGAUAUGAUGCGACAACAACGUUCAUCAACAGCACCUACGAUGGAGAACAACACGUUAGCUGAUUAG